CCGUUUCCGCCGGGGGCGGGCCCGACCGUUCGGAACAUCGGCGGCGGCGGAGGUGGGGAUCCCGCGGCUGCGGCGACGGCGGCCGCGGUGGAGCCACGGGUCUGGCUCGGCUCUGCGUGACGGCGGCCGCGGCAGCAGCGGUGGCGGCCGCGACCAGGUCGGCGUCCCGAGCCGAGCAUGGUGACAGCCUGUGCCCUCGGCCCCCUCGCCUGGCGCAGCUGGAAGAGCCGCCAGCCUCGGGAGCCGAUGGCUCCCCACGCGAGGGAGUGAGCGGCCCAGCCCAGCCCUACGGAUUGAGGGGGGACGCAGCGGCUGAGUGACCUGCGAUCACGCUGCUGCCGACCCCCUCCCACCAGUUGACGAAUGGUGGACCGAGCAACGAGUGACCCUUGUCAGGGUCGUGGAACAAUGGUGGGAAGCAAGGCGUGAGCAUCCCCUGUGGUCACCUGUAACUUCUUGGUGGAAAUAGAGGUCUGAGUCCCCAAGCCCACCCAGCGGACCCUCCUGGCCCCCACCCCAGGCUGAUGGGGCCACUGGGGCCCCAAGCAGCCACUUGACCAUCCAUACCCCACCCUGCCCAGCCAUGGCUGGCGCCGAGGGCUUCCAAUACCGUGCGUUGUACCCGUUCUGCCGGGAGCGGCCGGAGGACCUGGAGCUGCUGCCGGGCGACGUGCUGGUGGUGAGCAGGGCAGCCCUGCAGGCGCUGGGCGUGGCCGAGGGCAGCGAGCGCUGCCCACAGAGCGUGGGCUGGAUGCCUGGCCUCAAUGAGCGUACACGGCAGCGCGGCGACUUCCCUGGCACCUAUGUUGAGUUCCUAGGGCCUGUGACCCUGGCCCGGCCUGGGCCUCGCCCACGUGGCCCACGCCCACUGCCUGCCAGGCCCCGAGAUGGGCCCCCUGAGCCAGGCCUCACACUCCCUGACCUACCCGAGCAGUUCUCCCCGCCUGAUGUGGCUCCCCCUAUCCUGGUGAAACUUGUGGAGGCCAUUGAGCGGACAGGGCUAGACAGCUACAGGCCUGAGGCACCCGCCGCGCGCACAGACUGGUCGCUGAACGAUAUGGAGCAGUGGGACGCUGCAGCCCUAACAGAUGGCGUGAAGGGCUUCCUGCUGGCGCUGCCCGCACCCCUUGUGACACCCGAGGCCGCGGCUGAGGCAUACCGAGCCCUGCGGGAGGCCGCGGGGCCCGUGGGGCCAGCGCUGGAGCCCCCGACGCUGCCGCUGCACAGCGCGCUCACACUGCGCUUCCUGCUCCAGCACCUGGGCCGGGUGGCCCGGCGCGCCCCAGCCCUGGGCCCAGCUGUGCGUGCCCUGAGCACCGCCUUCGGGCCGCUGCUGCUGCGGGCGCCGUCGCCUUCGCCGCCGCCAGGGGGCGCUCCCGACGGGACUGAGGCCACCCCCGACUUCCCUACGCUUCUGGUGGAGAAGUUGCUUCAGGAACAUCUGGAGGAACAGGAGAUUGCGCCCCCAGCACUGCCGCCAAAACCCCCCAAGGCAAAGCCAGCCCCCACAGGCCUGGCCAAUGGGGGCAACCCGCCCUCCCUGCAGGAUGCUGAGUGGUACUGGGGUGACAUCUCCAGGGAGGAGGUAAAUGAGAAACUGCGGGACACACCUGAUGGCACCUUUCUGGUCCGAGAUGCAUCUAGCAAGAUCCAGGGGGAGUACACGCUGACCCUCAGGAAAGGUGGGAACAACAAACUGAUCAAGGUCUUCCACCGAGACGGGCACUACGGCUUUUCGGAGCCACUCACCUUCUGCUCUGUCGUGGACCUCAUCACCCACUACCGCCACGAGUCGCUGGCUCAGUACAACGCCAAGCUGGACACGCGGCUCCUCUACCCGGUGUCCAAGUACCAGCAGGACCAGAUCGUCAAGGAGGACAGUGUGGAAGCAGUGGGCGCCCAGCUCAAGGUCUACCACCAGCAGUACCAGGACAAGAGCCGCGAGUAUGACCAGCUCUACGAGGAGUACACACGCACCUCCCAGGAACUGCAGAUGAAGCGCACAGCCAUUGAGGCCUUCAAUGAGACUAUCAAGAUCUUUGAAGAGCAGGGCCAGACACAGGAGAAGUGCAGCAAGGAAUAUCUGGAGCGCUUCCGGCGUGAGGGCAAUGAGAAAGAGAUGCAGAGGAUCCUGCUGAACUCAGAGCGACUUAAGUCUCGCAUUGCUGAGAUCCACGAGAGCCGCACAAAGCUGGAACAGGAGCUGCGGGCACAGGCCUCCGACAACCGAGAGAUUGACAAGCGCAUGAACAGCCUCAAGCCAGACCUCAUGCAGCUGCGCAAGAUCAGAGACCAGUACCUCGUGUGGCUCACUCAGAAAGGUGCCCGGCAGAAGAAAAUCAAUGAAUGGUUGGGGAUCAAGAACGAGACUGAGGAGGCUCCUCCCUGCCUCCCCCACAGCCAGUACUCACUGAUGGAGGAUGAAGAUGAUCUCCCCCACCACGAGGAACGCACAUGGUAUGUAGGCAAGAUCAACCGCACCCAAGCUGAGGAAAUGCUGAGUGGCAAGCGAGAUGGCACCUUCCUCAUCCGUGAAAGCAGCCAGCGGGGCUGCUAUGCCUGUUCUGUGGUGGUGGACGGCGACACCAAACACUGCGUCAUCUACCGCACAGCCACGGGCUUUGGCUUCGCAGAACCCUACAACUUGUAUGGGUCGCUGAAGGAGCUGGUGCUGCACUACCAGCACGCCUCGCUGGUGCAGCACAACGACGCGCUCACCGUCACACUUGCCCAUCCUGUGCGCGCCCCGGGCCCCGGGCCCCCACCUGCCACCCGCUGAGCUCUGAGCAGGAGAACUGGCCCAGCUGGGGUGGCAGCUACAUCCGCGGUCUCCAUCUUUUUGAACCUGUCUCUUCUUUCUUGGGUUUUCUCCAUCUCUCUCGUCUUUGUGAAUGUCUCCAGGUCUAUCUGUUUUUCUCUUUAGCUCUCUGCAAUUCUGUCUCUCUCAGGUUCUCCUCCAUGUCUGCCUGUCUCUCCAUCUCUCUGAGUCUCUGUGCAUCUCCCGCUGUCACACUUCGUCUCUUUCUAGCUCCAUCUGUCCUCUCUUUCCCUCUUGGUCUCUUUCCCUCUAUUGUGGGGGUCCCGCCUCCCCCGCUCCAUCCCCCUUCCCCCACCGGCACUGCCCUCCCUGCAGCUCUGGCCACCCACACCCCUGUGCCCUGCCCCUGACAGGCCCCUGGGGUCCCCAAAGCCCCACCUUGGCUGCACCUGCCAUGUUUACAGAGGCCUCCGGGCUGUGCGGCCCCGACCUGGGUACCCCGAUUUUUAAGCCAUAGACCUGGGAUCAGGGCAGGAAGGAACUUUGGCCACUUCCAAGAACCUCAUCCAUGACGUUUGGGGCCAGGCGGGACCUGCCCCACAGACCCCAACUUCCCCUUCAAAUCCUGAAGUGAAACCCAGUUAACACCACAAUGGGGCUGCUGCCAAGAAGUAACCCCAAAAAAGAAAAUAAGUAAAAAUAAACUCAUGAGCUGACCCCAGGCCUCCCAGGAAUUGAGGCCACCAGCACCUCUGGGGCAGCCGACACGCAGCGCUGCCCACAGCACCUCUACGCGAUGCAGGCUCAAGGCUUCUCAAUCAUGUCGGGCUCUGAUUUUGUUUUUCCUUGACUGUACGUAAAGCCCUCUUUUCUCUCCUCUUUGGGACGAGAGCCCUGGUUUUCUAUGCCGCCCACGGACCCCCACCCCACCCCACCUCCUGCCUGCCUGGCCAGGCUGGCAGGCGGGUUUUGUAUGGUACGUUGAUACUGAUGUGGAUAUAAAACAUUGAACUUGA